AUGGUGAUCGCUGCAGCAGCAGCUACAGCUGCUGCUUCUUCCCUCUCCCUCGGUCCUUCCCAUUGUCAACUAUGCCAGGCUGAUGGGUUUUGUUGCUCAACAUCACACGGGGUCACAAGUAGUUGGAUCAAAUCUCCUAUUGACAGUCGCAGACCUUGUCACCUUUCCAGCAUAAGGUGCAGAAAUCCAUUUUUUGGAUCAACACAGUUCCAAUGGUCAUCUGUGGGCCGUGAUCUUUGCCUUUUGAAAGUUUCAGUUGCGGCUGAUUUCUCUGAUUCAGUUCCUGAUUCAUCUAAUUACACAAGUCAUCAAGGUUAUCAUCCACUAGAAGAAGUUAAAAUCAGCAAACGGAUUCGUGAAACUCAGCUCACCUCUGCUGAAAUAGCAAGGACAACUGUUGAGGCCAAUACCAGUGCUUUGCUGAUCUUUCCUGGAUCCGUACACCGUGAACCACACGAGCAAAUUUCCUGGGUUGAAUUUCAGUACAUCAUUGAUGACUAUGGAGAUAUUUUCUUUGAAAUUUUUGACGAUAAAAAUAUCUUACAAGAUCGAAGAGCUAGCAACCCUGUGAAUGUUUUGAUCGGGAUGGAUAUCCCAAUCUAUGAGAAUAAAAAGGUAGCCAAUGAAUACAAUAUUUUCAACGUUGGCAGUGAAGAUGAGAUACCAUUCGAUGAGGAUUACUUUGAGGUAAUGGAUUCUGAAGUGUCUGAAGUUCCAGUUGAUUGGGGAAUGCCAGAUACUUCCAGCUUGGUUCAUCCUAUUUAUUUUGCCAAGUGCAUGACAAAGGCAAUCAAUAUGGAAUACAAUAGAAAAAUGAACCAUCCAUCAAAUGGAGUUUCUAUUGUGGGUUGUCUGAGACCAGCUUUUGCUGAUGAAGAAUCAUACUUAAGAAGGUCAUUUCACUGUGAAGAUAGUGAUGGAUAUAAUUCAGACUGGAAAGAUGGAGAAAUUUUGAGCUUUGGCUCCAAAAGCGAUAGAAGAAGUUGUGGCUCAACUCUCCACCGUUUGGAGAUCAUGAGAAUAGAACUAUUUUCAUUGUAUGGGUCUCAGUCUGUGGUUAGUUUUCAAGAUUUUCAAGAUGCAGAGCCUGAUGUCCUUGCACACUCUACUUCAGCAAUUCUAGAGCACUUUAGCGAAAAGGAAAGUAGAUGCAAUCUUGCUCUCAAAGCUCUUUGUAAGAAGAAGGGUCUUUAUGUUGAGAACGAUGCCGGCAAUUCUAAAGAAAGUCAUGCAAAUUCCAGUCGUCUGGUUGGAGGAGAGCAGAUCCAAAUCUGCAAUCAAGAUCUCGAAGAUAUUUGGAGGAAGGGAGCUAAUUUGGUCGGGGUUGAUAGCCUUGGCAUGGAUGUUAGAAUUUUCUCUGGGGUGGAAGCACGAACUCAUCGAUUCCCCUUCAAAGUCCGCGCUACCUGUGAACUUGCUGCACAAAAGCAGAUUCAUCAGCUGUUGUUCCCUCGGUCUCGCCGAAAAAAGUUUAGAAAUCACAAAGAUGGCCUCGGGGACUUGAAGUCAUAG